AUGGCCUCCCGGCACUCCGCCAGACUGGACUGCCAGAACGACCUGUCCAAGUCCAUCACCAAGCUGAACGAGAAGUCCAAGCUGUUCGUCCUGCGCGAAGGGCCGCAGACGCUCCUGCCCAAGCUGUUCAAGGCCUGGAAGGUCACCCACCUCGUCUUCGAGCGGGACACGGACCCCUACGCCCGCGGCCGCGACGAGGACGUCAUCAAAGCCGCCAAGAGCGCCGGCGUGGAGGUCGUCACGCGGUACGGGCGGACGCUCUGGGACAGCGACGAGGUCGUCGAGAAGCACGGGGGCAAGCCGACCAUGUCCAUCACGCAGCUGCAGGCCGCCGGCGAGAAGUGCGGGCCCAUCCCCAAGCCCAUCCCGGCGCCCGCUUCGCUGCCCGACCCGGGCGAGAUGCCGCUCGACUUCGAGCACGAGGAGCCCGAGACGGACCCGGACUUCAACGCCGCGUACCGCAGCCUGAAGGACAAGGGGUACACAAAGAUCGCCGGGCCCAAGGGCGACUUCUCCGUCGAGACGAUGGAGGAGCUGGGGUUCCCCCAGGCGACGACGCCGCACAGGGGCGGCGAGACGGUCGCGCUCAAGAUGCUAGACGACCUCGCCAAGGACACGCAGUACCUGGCGACGUUCCGCAAGCCCAAGACCAGCCCCGCGGCCUUCGAGCCGCAGUCCACCACCCUGCUGUCGCCGCACAUGCACUUCGGCUCCCUCAGCGUGCGCCUGCUCUACUGGAAGGCCCAGGAGGCCGUCGACGCCUACCGCAAGCGGGGCAAGAAGGACGGCUCGACGCCGCCCGAGAGCAUGACGGGCCAGCUGCUCUUCCGCGACAUGUACUUCGCCGCGCAGGCCGCGACCGGGCACGUCUUCGGCCAGGAGGCCUACAACGCGCACUGCCGCUUCGUGCCCUGGCACCUGCCGUCCAAGGCCGACCGGGACCGGAAGCGCGUCACGGGCGGGUACGAGGUCGACAGCGCGCAGGCCGACGCCUGGUUCCGGCGCUGGCGGGCGGGCGCGACGGGCUUCCCCUGGAUCGACGCGCUGAUGCGCCAGCUGCGCGAGGAGGGCUGGAUCCACCACCUCGGGCGGCACUCGGUGGCCUGCUUCCUGACGCGCGGCGGCUGCUACGUGCACUGGGAGCGCGGCGCCGAGGUCUUUGAGGAGUGGCUGCUCGACCACGAGCCGGCGUGCAACGCGGGCAACUGGCAGUGGCUGUCGUGCUCGGCCUUCUUCGCCCAGUUCUACCGCUGCUACAGCCCCGUGUCCUUCGGGCGCAAGUGGGACCCCGAGGGCGCCUUCGUGCGCCGCUGGGUGCCCGAGCUGGCCGGGCUGGACAAGAAGUACAUCUACGAGCCGUGGAAGGCGCCCAUCAAGGACCAGAAGGACGCCGGCGUGCGCGUGGUGGCGGGAGACCCGCUCGAGGGCCGGGAGGAGGGGACGUACCCGAAGCCCAUGUUUGACUUUGACGAGCGGCGCAAGAUAUGCAUCGCCUCAAUCAAGGAGGCGUAUCGUGUCGGACUGUACGGCAACGAUGAGAGGGUUGUGAACGGGAAGUGGCGGGACCUCUUUGGACAGGAUCGGAACGAGGAGACCGAGAUCCAGGGAGACCACGAGAGCGACUUUGGAGAUCAUGCUGACGGAGCCGCGCAUGAUGGAGAUGAGCCGGAGCAGGCGCAUGCCGGGAACGAUGUGGCUGACAAGCGGAAGAGGGAAGGCAGAAAAGGGACGCUGGAUGGUCACUUCAAGAAGAGAAAGACGACUGCCUAA